AGAAUCCGGGAAAGGUGAAGUUGAAUGUUGGGGACUCUGCUUGGAAGUGUCAUGAUUGAGCAACCGGUUCAGCAGUCUGUGAGAUUGACCGCAGGAGGCUAGGAUUCCAGGGCUCCUGGGUCUGGCCAGGGCCAGCAGGUGCAGACAGCACGGAGUUUAGGCAGGCGGCCAACUUGAAAGAAGAUUUCUUUCAAAUAUGGAAAGUCUUCAGAACAGCGUGAAAAAGAAAGCGACUGAAAGGCAUUACAAGGCUGAAGUACUAAUUACAGGCGAGCAAUUAAGACUUCGACUGCAUGAUGGAAAAUUAAUCAAAGAUCGUCGCUAUAAUCUACGAACCUAUCCAAACUGCUUUGUUGCUAAAGAGCUAAUUGAUUGGUUGAUAGACCAUAAAGAAGCACCUGACAGGGAAACAGCCAUAAAACUAAUGCAAAAGUUAAUGGAUCAUAACAUCAUUCAUCAUGUUUGUGAUGGACAUUCAGAUUUCAAGGAUGCAAAACUUCUGUACAGAUUCCGAAAAGAUGAUGGGACAUUCCCAUUAAGUAAGGAAGUGAAGGUGUUCAUGAGGGGUCAAAGUCUAUAUGAAAAGCUUAUAAGUUCUGAAGAUGCAAUUAUGAAAUUGCAAGAAGAAAAUGGAUUGAAGUACCAGCGUGCAGUGUUGGGCUGUGAAAUCAUUGACUGGCUAAUAAAAGAAGGGGAAGCUUCAUCGAGGAAGGAAGCUGUGGAAUUGUGCCGCAGAGAGCUUGAACAUGGAAUUAUUCAACAUGGAAACACCCUCUUCAUAUCUACCCUGUCAAGACUGCUUCGGAACUUGCAUGAUUCAUUCAAGUCACCUCUCACUUUUCAAAACUUUAGUGGAUGCAAGCCCAGCUUGUCCAACCUUUUCCCAUCAGACAACAUACCCAUUACAGUCUCCAAUCGUCACCAUUUCUUUGACAGCAACUUACUAUAUCAGUUCCGCUUAAACUUUCGCCGGAGGCGACGACUCACUGAGCUGUUGAGUGAAGAUUUGGGGACACCACAGGAAUCCCAUGAUAGUCCAUUCUGUCUGCGAAAGCUGAAUCCUGAACAAGAUGGCUCCAGUUUUCUAUCAGUGCAAACCAACAAAGAGAUAAAGGUGGUCUCAGCUGUGCGCCGCAGCAGCAUUACCUCUGCUGUCACAGGAAGUACAACCUUUUACAAUACAGCUCCCAGCCUUGCCUGCUUGCCUUCAGUGGAAUGUAACCCUAAAUCAGUGUUGAAGAGACCAGUAACUAAUGAAGAACUCCUAUCACCUGGAGCACCUUACUUAAAGAAAACAUUAACAAUUGUUGGUGAUGCUGUGGGUUGGGGUUUUGUGGUGCGAGGAUUAAGUCCAUGUUACAUCCAGGCAGUAGAUCCAGGUGGUCCAGCAGCAGCAGCUGGAAUAAAGGUCAGACAGUUUGUUGUCUCUGUGAACAGCAGGCAUGUCAUGAAUUUGGACUACAAAACAGUCAGCAACAUUAUCAUGACUGGACCCCGCACUCUAGUGAUGGAAGUUAUGGAAGCAAUUGAAUGAGGAGAUGUGUUCAAUUGAGCAAUAAGCUGGUUGAUUUUCACAACUAUUCUCAGAAAGCAAAUGCCUUCAAAUACUUUAAGCUAGAAAUCAUUAUUCAUGAAAAUGUAGGUAUAGUGUCUCAAAUCUGGUAUGCAAAAAAUCAUAUCGAAUCAAAUGGAAUUUUGAAAAAAUUCAGAUAUUUUCCCUUGGUCGCAGCCCCUGAAAUAGAGUAAGCAUGUGAAAUAAAGAGGACAUUUUGGGCUGAUCCCAGAGGACAAGAGUCAGCAAGCAUUGUGCACACAUAAAACCCAAAUCCAUUGUAGCACUGUAAAAUGUGUCUCUCCUUGGUCCUCCCUAUCCUCUGGACACAAAACGAUUUGUUCCACUGCUGAGGACAUUCUGAUUACAAUAUUCUCAGUUGUUUUUAGGGGAGCGACAUUAGCUGUUUUAGUGACGCCAGUGUGAAGGAGUUAGUUGGUGAUCCAAAAUCCAUACCAUAUUUGAGACAAUGUACCUGGAGUAGACAAAGGCUUCACUGUUCGCAUGAUAUUUCUCAUUUGUUCUGUCAUGUGAUUGUGUGAAGUAUUUGUCAGCACAUAAGGUAAUUUCUAAGCUAAUAUCCACUUGCUGAGAAACUUUACAGACAUUUGAUCUGUCUUUAUUGUAUAUUUAUGAAUCUUUUUUAACCUUCGAUAAAGAUGUAGGUUAUACUGACAUUGUUCAAAGGAUUUACCAACAUUUUUAAAGUGGUAAGGAAUUAGAGUUGCAGUUCUUACAGAUCCAAUUAAACCUCUUUGUAUACCUUUAUACUGUUUUAAAAGCCUGUCCAGUAAUCUCUAUUGGAAUGUGACACUUAACAAGAAACAAAAUGACCUCCCACUGAAAGAAGGCUGGAGCCAGGCCAGAUCGGAAGCUCCAAGGUCACGAUUCCCUACUAAAAUGAAAAGCUGGCUCUUGUCCAAGUUUCCAUGUCACCAUUGAAAACAAUCCAUGCUUAUCUGAACAUGGAACCAGCAGAAUUGGGUUUAAACUAGUUUCUUCCAAAACCAGCAGUGCUUUACCCUCCCUUCACAGAGCACUCAUUUGGUGCUACAUUAGGAUUUCCAUUGCCCUGCUUAACAAUCCUGUAAAAGGAAUAGUUAUGGUUACAAAGAUGCCUCUCUAUCUUCCUAGAUAUAAGACUACUGGUCAAAGGCAGCUUGUAUGUUUUCUUUUAUAAAAUGUUCUUUUCACUGAUGUAAACUUCUGCGGGUCACAUCCCAAUUCGUUGAUGAGAAAGAAACUCAAGCUGCCACCAAAGACAUUUCACACAAUACAUGUGCUCUCGGGCAAAAUUUAUUCAGCAAUUUUAAAGUGCCAUUGUAUAGAAACACUGACUCAUGGAAAGUACAAAGGUAUUUAUAAUAUUUUAGAAUUUGGCAAUAAUGUAAGUAACUCUUUAAUGAGUGAGAUAAGUGCCAAAUUAUGACAGUCUUUUUUGCUGUUUUCUAUAUUAAAUUGCCAAAUGCCUAAAACCUCUAGUAGCUUUUGGAGAAAAAAGAUAUUUGAUCCAUAAAGCCAAGCUACAUUCAUUCGAGAUUAGAAAAGGGAAAAUGUAAAGGGAAAUAUUGCAAUCAUGUCUAUGCAAGUUACAAAGGCAGAAAAUGCUGGAAACAUACCAGCAGAUCAGGCAGCAUCUAUGGAGAGAAAGAUAGUUGAUGUUUCCUGUCUCCCCAUCUCCUACAUCCUCACCACCAAGAAUAACUGCGAUGAGCUCAUGGAUCUCUUUGUCACUAAGAUCAAAGCAUCCAAUCAGCUGUAGGUGCUGCCUCACUCCCUUUUACCAACUCACUGGGUCAGACCUCCUCAAGUUCAUCACUUACCUAGUUCUGAAUUUCCAUCUUUCUCUACUUUCUCUUGCAUUUCCCUUCAUGUCUUCGUGAAGCAUAUCCGUCAGACACAUUGCCUGCUCCCUUGACCCUAUUCCCACCAAACUGCAGAACAGCUAACCUCCCUUACUGGUCUUCUUAUUAGUCACCUUUGGGUGAACUAGCUUCAUAGUUUUUUGAAAGUGGAGUCACAGGCGGACAGUGUAGUGAAGAAGGCAUUUAUUGAUCACUGCACUGAACAUAUGAGUUGGGAGGUCGUGUUGUGACUAUAUAGGA